AUGGCUAGCUCGCAGUGUCUGCGCCUCAGGCCACUCGCUUCGGGCCUUGCGAGGCCUUCGGCUAAGCUUAGUGUUCAACAUAUGACCCGACUUCCCAUAAUCGCGGCACGAUAUAAGUCGGGUCCUUAUGGCUACACACAGGCCAAGGCUCUUGUCUUCUCAAAGCCUGGAGACCCAGAUAAAGUUCUCAAACUUCACAGUCACUCUGUCUCCCCCUCCAUUCCCUCGGAUUCGGUCCUCGUCCGAACUCUCGCUGCUCCCAUCAACCCCGCCGAUGUCAACACAGUCCAGGGAGUUUAUGGCUCUAUGCCUCCCUUUACCAACCUAAUUGGCACCGCUGAGCCUUCUGCCAUUCCUGGUAACGAAGGUGUUUUCGAGGUCGUUUCUACAGGCUCGCCCUCUUCCUCGCUACAGAAAGGCGACUGGGUCAUCCCCGCCAUCGGCCAGUUCGGUACUUGGAGGACACAUGCCAUUGCUGAGGCCGAUAAGUUCAUCAAGAUCGAUAAGGAGGGCUUGACGCCUACACAAGUCGCGACCGUCAGCGUCAACCCAUGCACCGCCUACCGCAUCCUGCGACAUUAUGGACCCAGUGCUGGGCUUCAAGCUGGUAUGGGCAUGCGCCCCCUUGAAGUUGGCAGUGGUCAAUGGUUCAUUCAGAAUGGUGCCAACUCUGGUGUUGGCCGAGCUGCCAUCCAGUUCGGAAAGCUCUGGGGCUUGAGGAGCAUCAACGUUAUUCGCGAUCGCGAAACACCCAGGGCGACAAACGCUCUAAAGAAGGAGCUUCAAGACCUAGGCGCAGAUGUUGUCGUUACCGAAACCCAGUUCUUAGCUCCCCAGUGGAAGGAUCAACUAGCACAUAUCACCCGCAAGGGCCGUGAGGAGAUCGGUCUAGGUCUUAAUUGUGUUGGAGGCAAGUCAGCAACCACCAUCGCUCGAUCUCUUGGCAAAGGCGCUACUAUGGUCUCUUACGGUGGCAUGGCUAAGCAGCCAGUCUCACUACCCCUUGCUCUUCUUAUCUUCAAGGACGUCCGUUUCCUUGGUUUCUGGCUCAGCAGACUCAAUGAGGAGGACCCUACCGGCAGGAGACAUGCCAUCAACGAUAUUCUCCAGCUCAUUCGAUCUGGCCAGUUCCGCGACGUCCCUAUCGAGGAGGUUAAGUGGGAUUGGGAGACAGAGGAGGAGACUCUGCGCAAGGCUGUACAGCAGGGUCUUGAGGGAUUCCGUAAGGGUAAGGGUAUCUUCACAUUUGGCGAGACAUAA